AUGAUACCUACAGGCUACAAUGAUACAAAUUGUCAGGCAGCUUUAGAUUAUGACAGCACUAUAAUACAGGAUCACGAAGAACCAGAUUUUGAAAACUGUAAUACUGACAAUGGCGAAAGUGUUAUGAAUGUUGUAAAUCAGUUAUACAAAGAAGUUGAUUUUAAUAGAGAAUUUAUGGAUUCAGCAACUCAAAUUACUAUUGCAGAUAUUGAAAUUCCAUUUAUCACGUUAAUAAAUUCUCCUAAAAAAUUAAGGACAAUGACCGGAAUACCUACAUUUCAAUUUUUAGAAAAAAUUAUUGAAAUUUAUAAAACAGAAUUUCCUGAUAAAAGAAAGCAUAAUUUAAACUACAAAGAGAGAAUAAUUAUGGUAUUUUUAAAGUUAAGGCAAGAUUUUUCAUUUGUAGUUUUAUCUAUUCUCUUUAAAAAUGUCACUGCCGAAUCUUGUCGUAUGAUAUAUUCAUCACUUAUUCCAUGUUUAGCAAAAAUAUUAAGUUGUUCCAUUUAUUGGCCUUCUAAAGAAGAAAUAAUUAGUAAUAUGCCAUAUUGUUUCAAAAAGUUCCCCAAUACUAGAGUAAUAUUAGACUGCACUGAAAUUCCAAUCCAAAAACCUAAGUGUUUAUCAUGCUGCAUCAAACUUUACAGCAAUUAUAAGUCUACUUUUAUUCUCAAAUUUUUGAUUGGAGUAUCACCAGGUGGGCUUAUUACUUAUAUAAGUCAACCAUAUGGUUGUAGAGCAUCAGAUAAAAGUAUAUUUGAACAAAGUGGGUUAAUCCAAAAAAUGAAUAGUUCUGAUGCAAUAAUGGUAGACAAAGGUUUUUUAAUUGAUGACUUGUGUAUGUCAAAAAAUAUACAAAUAAUUCGGCCACCAUUCCUAAAAAAUAAAAUUCAAUUUUCUAAAUCUGAAGCAUUACUUAAUAAAUAUAUUGCUAGUGCCCGUAUUCAUAUUGAAAGGUUUAACCAAAGACUUAAAGUAUAUAAAAUACUACAAAAUAUAUUUAUUUGGUCACACAAUUACUUAGCUUUUGAUAUUCUUACAAUCAUAAGUGGAAUUUGCAAUCUAAGUACCCCAAUUUUUGCAAAUGAUAAAUUCUCUGUUUGA